AUGUUUAAGAACUUAUUCAGUGGAGCCCGGCCUAAGAAGCCGGGCGGGUCCGCGAGCACCCGCGCGAGCAGAGAGAGCCUCGAGACAGACCUGAAUGAGGAGCCGGUGGUCAAGGUGUCCGCCAAGCGGUCGUCCAAGGACAAGUCCCCAAAGGCGAAGCCCCAGAAGGAGAAGCCCCAAAAGGAGAAGUCUCCAAAGGAGAAGAAGCGGUCCGGCACCGGGACUUCGCCCUUUGGGUCGGGACUUCUGAAUAGGCGCGGCAGCAGAGAGAGGCGCCGCGCGGAGGCCGAGCAAGAGCGCCGCCUCCAGGAGGAUCUCCAGGAGAGGGACCGCAUCCUGAGGGAGAGCCAGGAGGGCAGGGCUGGAGAGGACGGCCUCUGGGAGAUCCCGCUGGACAGCAGCACCUCACAGACUGUUCAGCUGAAUGGCCACUCGGGUGACGACGUGACGGAGGGCCGGCCCCAGAGCAGGUCCAGCAGCCGCAGCAGCAGUCCGGCCACCUCCCCCACCGAGAAGGAGCCUCCGAAGAAGGCCAAAGCCAAGAAGAGGGGCAAGGACAAGAAGGGGAAGAGAGAUGCGUCCAGCGCGCAGGUGGAGUUCCAGCCGCCGCCGCCCCCCUCCGUCACGCUGGCGGCGGCUUCCAGGAAGAGCAGCAGCUCCAGCAGCUCGCCGCCGCUGUCGCCCAUGGGCCCGCGCCAGCCCAGCGUGUCCGAGAUGGUGGAGAAGUUUGAGAAGCCCGCGGGGGGUGACGCCGGCCAGGUCACGACACCGGCGGCCCAGGAGGUCCAGCUGGGGCAGAAGGUCUCGCUGGUGGAGCUCAAGGUGCAGGAGAGCAUGGUGGUGCAGCAGAUGAGGGAACGACAGCAGCGGGAGAGGAUGGAGGAGUUCGAGCGCUCCACCAGGGCCGAGAGUCUGUAUGCGACUGUUGAGCCUCGCAACAAGAAGAAACCAGAGGCUGUGGCGGAGCUCCCACCAAACGCCAGGGAGGAACUGGAGAAGCAGGCGGAAGACAUAGUACGGCAGGUGCGCGAGGCGCUGGAGGCCGAGCAGAACGCGUUUGAAGAACGCCUGCAGAAGCGGAAGGAAGAGGAAAGCUACCGGGAGUCCAGGUGGAAACUGGCUAUGGAGACAGUGGACGAGGAAUGGCGUGCGGCGGCAGAGCGUCUCCGUGCGGAGGAGCAGCGGCUGCGCGGCAGGAGGGAGGCCGACCUGCAGGAGGCGGUGGCGGAGGCGCGCCAGAUGCUGAGGGUGGAGCUGGACGAGGAGAGGCUGCAGGCGCUGGCGGGGGCGCGGCUGGCGCUGCGGCAGCACGCGGAGGCGGCGCUCCGGGAGCAGGCGGAGGACGUGCUGCGGGCCGCCGACCAGAUGGUGUCCGCCGCCGUCGCCGCCGCGCUCAGCAAGCACAAGGCCAAGCUGGUGAGUCCGCUGGGGCCUCUAACAGCUGUAGCUAUGCACAGGUGCUCAGGGGAAGCAGGUGCCAUUCCAAUGGCUGCUGUGCUCGGCAGGCUCGAGGCCAAGCUAGUGGAUCCGCUACUCUCUGAUGGGGUGUCCCACUCCUACUGA